UUCGAAACGCGUACGACGUGCUCACGGGCGUCGCUCUCACUCUUUAUAUAUUCGCCCAUAAGAAAAAUUAUUAUAACAAUAAUAGUAUACCAAUAAUCAUUUUAUUCGCUUUCGUUGGUCAUUUAUUACUUCACUUCGGCAAAUUUAGACAAAUAUAAAUCGUUAUUAAAAUUAAUAUCUGUCCGUCGUCGGGUUUAACAGCAUCGCAAGAAUACUUUUCCAUCAUCGCGAGGCGUAAACGGUAAAGUUACUACGGCAAGUAUACGAAAAUAAACCGGUAGAUAGUGGCACGGUCGAGCCGAGAGCCCGAGAACGAAACACCGGUUAUCAAUGCGAAGAAGCAUUGCACCAGAGAAAAUAAGUUGCACAAACUAGCGUGUCAGUGCUGUGGUUGGUCUUGUGCAGUGUGUUGUUCCAGUUCCAGUGCAGUCCGUGGAUGAAACUCAUCGUCUCAGGAAUUGUGCUUCUUCAUUCAUCAGGCAUUUCUGAAACGAUCCAAGGGCUCCCUGCCUGUGUGAUAACCCCCGUCGUAACUUAGUAGGCCGCUGUGUUGUUAUCCUUUCGGUCAACUCGCGAUCUACUCUAUCACUGCCGUGCCGUCGCUUGCUCCCAACAAACGAAGGAAAUAUAGACCGGUGCCAGAAUGAAACAGCGCUAGCGUGUGUGCGAGUGAGAGAGAAAGCAUACACAGAUCCUACUAUGCUUCCACUAUAAUGUGGUAGAAUUCGUCCUCGUCGCUCCACACACACGCCCCACACACAUCUACACAAUCUCUCGUUGCUUCUUCAUACUACUCUCGCUCGGAGGUUGUGGAAAAGGCGCGCAUCGAAAGUGAAGUGAAGACUCCAGUGUGAAACCUAGACAGUCUUUCGCGUAAGUGUGAUAAAUCAUUUCUCGCUCAUCACACGCGCAGCCGACGACAUUGUGCAAAGAGCUCUUCGCUGCUCGAUCGCUGAACCAAAAUGCAAGUAAUUAAUAUUCUUUUUUUUCGGAUGUUGAAAAACUCGUGUGUCGCGCGGUGGCCGUCGUGGGAUGUUUGUGUAUCAUUUUGCAAUAACUAUUGAUCUAACAACACUUUUUCGCGUGUUUUGUCACAAACCAGAGAGACAGUAAUAUUUUCGUUCGUUUGUUCGUUCGUCGCGUCGCGUACGGAAAAAAGUGGCAAGUGUAACCCAAUAGAGAAAAAAGAAUACCUUGCUACCGUAAGUGUGGUACGGGAAAACUGUGAUUCUAGAUUUAAAACAAAGGGAAAAAAUAUUUAAGAUUGCAACAAUCACUGAAAACGAAAAAUAUACGUAAUUUGAGCACAGCAUUUAUGCUAGUCUCAGUUUGGGAAACUUUUGGUCAAUGCGUGCGUGUACGGGUAUGAGUGUGAAUUUCGGCUGAUCGGAAGUCGAAAUUUGCUAGGAGAUGAAUAUCACAGCAUAAUUUCAUCGAUGAGAUGGGCUAUGUUUGCUAUGAUUAGAAUUGGUAUCUGAAAUUCCCCAAAUGAAUAUAACAACGAAGCAAGCGCGCGGUUCCCUAUGAUUCUGAGGGAUCGAUAUAGGUAUCGUAGAAAAUCGUACAACUGAUUGAAGGUAAUACAAACUGCGGGAACUGCAGACAAUUUGUAUAACGUGCAAGAGAGUGGAGAUAUAUCGAAAAGUGUGAAUAUAGUGUGUAAACUAGUGAGUGAUUUUUUUUAAACAUUCGUCACGGCGAAUUUUAGUUUAAGUUCGUCUGCCGCUGGCAUCACAGAGACUGAUGGCGCAACCUAGGUACGACGAUGGCCUACACGGCUACGGAAUGGAUAGUGGGGCUGCAGCGAUGUAUGACCCUCACGCAGGUCACAGGCCGCCGGGUUUGUCCGGUUUACCUCCACAUCAUUCACCUCACAUGAACCAUGCUGCGGCUGCAUCAGUCGGAAUGCACGGUUAUCAUGGAACCUCUAGUCAUGUAUCACCAGCCACCAGUCACAUGGGCGCAGUUCAGCCAGAUGUGCAUAAACGUGAUAAAGAAGCUAUUUAUGGUCACCCGCUAUUCCCGCUAUUGGCACUGAUAUUCGAAAAGUGUGAACUAGCGACGUGUACCCCGCGAGAACCAGGUGUGGCAGGUGGUGAUGUCUGUUCGUCAGAUUCCUUCAGCGAAGAUGUGGCAGUAUUCAGUAAACAGAUACGGCAAGAAAAACCUUAUUACGUGGCAGACCCUGAAGUAGAUUCCCUAAUGGUGCAAGCUAUUCAGGUGCUACGGUUUCACCUUUUAGAACUUGAAAAAGUGCACGAAUUAUGCGAUAAUUUCUGCCAUCGAUAUAUUUCAUGUUUAAAAGGUAAAAUGCCAAUAGAUUUAGUGAUUGACGAACGGGACACCACCAAACCACCAGAACUAGGCGGUGCCAAUGGCGAGGGUAGAAGUAAUGCAGAUUCAACAUCACAUACAGAUGGAGCUAGCACACCAGACGUUGUGAGUACCCCCUUCGCGGGAGCACAUGGUCCUAUAUUGGCGAGCUACAAUGCGGUGGUGCACCCAUGUUCGUAGUACGACUAUGACCUUCUUGCAAAAACGAAGCGGGUGCUCACAAUGCCCUGGGAUAAUGGCCAGAACUUCGCUUGAGAUCGCGCUGACUAUGCUUAAAACUGUACUACUUUAGAUACAAACAAAUUAAAAAUAAGACAAAAAUACCAAAAAUUAAGCAAAAAAAACCAUAGCAUUGUUUCAAAUUUGUCAUUUUUCGAAAAAAAAAAGCAGCAGUAAACAGCAGAAGAACAAAAACACUCAGUAACCCAUAACAAAAUCUGCAUUAAUAUCUUUAGAGAGCUACCAGCGCUGAAUUGAGAUGAUUAAUGAAGUUUGCAGUAUGUACAGAAGCCAUGUCUACAUUCCAGGACACAACAAACCUCGCUCCAAGUCCAUGUGAAAAAAGAGACACGUCUGGAUAAAAACACCCAACCACUCUUCUGAGACAAACAGGGACUGGCUCGUGUGCAUGUGAGUAAAACGCAAAGAGAAAAACGGAGAGAACACAACACAAACAAUGGAGACACAGUGAACAAGAAGAAUAUGGCGAGCAGGUCUGUGAGUGAGUGCAAACAAUCACACACCACACCACUCUUGACCACCUCUUGCUCUUGGGUGCAAUGCUUCCUUUGUGUGUAUGUAUAAUCUCGUUUUUCAUCUAGCAUAUUACGAUGAUGCAUCGAUCCGUGAGUCCUGUUGUGGUCUUAGCUGAGCAAGCAAAAAAUUAAAAGAAACGGAGCUAACUUUAAAUAUGCACAAAUCGUUAAUUUUUCAAUGAUUUGCGGACUCUGUACAUACUGAAAACUACUGACUGUCAUCAGUAAAUUCAUAUAGUCAAUAUAACGUGAGAUCAGUUAUAUUUGUUGAAGAAAAAACAGUACAUUCAGUACAGAAAACAAAACAAAACCAGUAAUGAUGCGACAAAUGUACGAAUCUGAUGUAUAGAAUAUAAAGGAUAAAGAAAUGCAACUUUAUAUACGUAAUUAAAGUGUAAGGAUUUGAAUCAGUAAAAAUCAUUUCAAUUUUACUUCAAAAUGAAUCAAAACAAAACAAAAAAAGUAAACAAGUAAUAAGCAGAUCAAAGCAUACCAAGCUGUUAUGGCAAACCAGGAAAUGAUAAAGAAGAAAAAAGUAGCAAGUAUACUUCGUUUUUGCAAGAGGCCCAUAUAGCUCGCCAAUUUCUCAUUAUCCGGAACGAUUUGACAACAUUGUGUGUACCUGUGUCUGUGUGUAUGUGCGCGCGAUUGAUUGAUUGGGUUUAUGCACAGGUAACAAAAUGUAAUGAAGACCCAUCAAAAGAGUUUUGUCACUUUUUUCAGCGCCUACUACCAGUAUUCUACUGACCUCACAUACUGAUAAAAGCAAUAUCAGCUACGCGAAUUGCGAUCGAUAUCGAUCGAGAAUCAUUUGCUCUUCUAUUGCGUAGAAGAGUGCACACUAACUUUGUUGUCAAAUGGUUCCGUAUUUGCAUGUAUAGAUGUAUUUAGUUAUUUUUUCUACUUUGGAAAACACAUAUAUUUUUCAGUUAAUAUUUGUAGUAUUAUUGUUUAUCUUUCCCCUACGUCCGUUUUGUUACGGGUUUUCCGCUUUGCCGAUGACCAUUGCGAAAAUGAUAUACAAAAAAGGCUACAAAGGGCUUCUUUUGUUGACUUUUUUCUUUUUGUGAUCACUUUUCUUCUUUGCGAUACUGUUCGAGCAACAAGAAUCUCUUGCCAACGAAACUUGAAUUUUUUUAAACCAAAAACAAACAAAAAUAUUUUAUUCAAACUCACUCGUUUUGCUUCCAACGAAAAGAGCACAAACGGUUGGGUUCUUGCAAAUUCGAUCGAAAUUCUUCGAUAUUUUUUUUAAUAGCAUUUUGAAAAGGUAGAUUUUAAGGCCCAAAAUUAAAACAAAAAAAACUAGCAGAAAUUUUUAGUUGUUUCAGUUAUUGCUUAUUGAAUUCUACUUAAAUUAUCCUUGCUCUUGCUGCCUCCAGCUCUUGGGGGAAAAACCAAGCUUAGCGAAAGAGUAAAGUAAACAAACAUUCAAGGACAAAACAAACGAUAUACGUAAAUUAAAUAUGACUGAAAUUCCUUUCUCACCCUAAAAUAGUUAUUCACUGAGCAAUGAAGUUUGUCCGAUGGCGUUGCUUGGUCAAAAACAAAAGCUAAUCUAACCCGACUAGGCAAAAUGUACCCCACUACACUUAUCAAUAAAAAAAAUACGCUAUUAACGGUGUAAAGCGGGUGGUGACUAAUUAUGUAUACGAUUUUAAAUCCUGAAUUACGUAAGACUUUGAUAUUUGACAAAGUUACACACACCUCUAUUCCAAGGUCGUUAUAGCUUGAUUUUUAACGGAGCAAAUCCGCAGUCGAAUGCCAUUUUCAGAGCAGUAAUUUUUUUCAAUUUAUUGAGAAUUAAAACAAAACUGCAAUAUGACAUUCGACUUUUGUUUCUGAGUAAAAACCAGCAAAUUGGAUAUACAUAGUAUACUGGAGCAAACUGCAACCCGAACGUGAUCAAUGAUGUAUACUUAAAAGCAUUUACGCAUUUUUAAUCAAUCAUGAGCUAAUUCCAUAGAAACGUGAAAGCAAAGAAGCUUUUCCGGCUUGUUGUACGGAUAAGCUUGACUAUUUCCACUAGACUUCAGCAGGAAGAAAGAAUAGAAAUCAAAAUUGCAGCAGAUUUUCAAGAAAUGCUGGAAACAGAAAAAAAACUACCAAACGAAACAUCAGUAUACCGCAUCUAAAAUGAUUAAAAAAUUAACAAGAUAGAAUAAAAUUCAUACCAAUGUCUCUCAAAUUAUAUAAAUAAUUCAACGAUUAGUAAGCAUGAAACAACCACGCAUCCAACCCUAUAUACAAUUUACGUAGAUAGUUUAUAAGUUAAGAAUAAAAUUUAAAAACAAAAUCGAUGAAAAGCGUAUACGAACUAUAUUUAAACGAAGAAAAAAAUGAAAACAACAUACAAAACCUGCAAAAAACCCAAUGGAAAAGAACAAAAAUAUUUUAUUAACAAAAUAUUUUUUGUAAGUAUGUAAUUAAAGAAAGGUAUAUUUAAAUUAACUCAAUCUAUGAAAAGUAAGACAAACCAGAGGAAAACUAAUAAUAUUAAAUUAACACAGAAGGUAAUUUAGCUAAACUCGCUUCCGGCGAUCAUUCAACAUAAAAGAAAAAGAAUAAAUUAAAGUUCUGUUGGAUUAGGGAAAAAACGUACGAUAAACAAGCUAUAUGGGCAUUUUAAGUUUAAAUAUAAAAUAAACGAAAAAAAAACAAAACAAAAUAUCAAAAUCAACCAGAUUCGGAAACAAUAAUUUAAUUAAUAAAAAAAACAAAAUAAAUGCAAAGAAAUCAUACUCAGUAUACAAGAAAGUAAAAUUUGUGAUUUUAUUUUAUAUCGUAAGAAUUGUAAUUAAAGAAUAUUAGUGAAAAAUAAUGCAGAAAGGACAAACAAAUUUCAAAACAAGAAAAAACAGCUAGAAAACAAGCGCUGGUGAACAGAUGUUUAGACAAUUUUCAUUAUGUUUGGCAAUCAUGUAUGUUCUUUUUUGUGUUUGUUAUAACACUCGAUCAGCGAGGUCCGAAAAAGGUAAACAACUGAGAUAGUAAGCUUCCGUUUAUUCCAGUUAAACAAAAAAUCAAGGAAAAGGAUAAGUGUAAAAUUAGAUUAGCAGCUAGCAAAGAAAGAAAAGACCGGCACUUGUUUGAUGACGAUUCAUUAGAUUUUCUUUAAAUAAUCCAGAUUUUGACUCCAUAAAUAUUUUCUAUCAUACAAAAUCCAAGUUAAACUUGAUUUCAAAAUAAGAAUAUAAAAAACAACUUCUAAACUAAAUUCACACGGAAACUAGUUUAUAAUGUUUAAAAAAAACAUCUAAAUUUUUCAAACAAGUGACGGUUUAUUCUUUUUUCACCUUUCAGACAGGAAAACUCGAAUAACAGAAAAAGCAAGCAAAAAUGGUAAAACGCUCAGAUAUUGUAAACCCGAACGAUGGUGUGUAGAAAGUUUUAAGUUAGUGUUCACGCUGUUUUUAUUAUGAUUAUUAUUAUUAUUAUUAUUGGAGAAUUAUUGUCUAUUGAUUAUUGUAAUUUUUAUUUUAAUAUACAAGGCAAAAACUAACUUAUCAAAAUUUAAAACAAGCAAACAAAAACGAUGAAUUCACAAAAUAAGCAGCGGGUGGUGUGUUCUUCGAACCACACACGAGCUCAUUCAGUAGUAACGUAUAAAUAUUGAACAUAUAUGAAUUAUUUUUUAACAAAAUAAAUGUUUUGUUGUUAAAAUAUAAA